AUGUUGAAGACGAUGAUGCCCGAUCAAAAAAGCAAUCUGAUGGACCAUAUGUUCGACAUGCUGGAAGACUACACAACGACUCUUGAGCAAGUAGCUGAUCGCUUGAAGCUCGGCCAAACAGUGGAACCAGAGAAUUUCGGAAGUGUCACAGUGUUUUUCUCCGAUGUUGUCAAGUUUACUCAGUUGGCCGCUAAGUGCACACCUUUUCAAACUGUGAAUCUUCUCAACGAUCUAUACAACGGUUUUGACUCAAUCAUUGAGGUUGACAUUGGUGAUGGUUCCGUGUGCCGUCCGUCUGGACUUCCCAGUGACGAAUUUUUGGGUAAAUGCGCACAUCAAGGAAAUCUCGGAACUGUCAUUGUCGUUCAUGAAGUUUGUCGAGGAGUUCAGGGUGCCGGCUCUACCAAAAGAAAGGGUUCAACUCCGCAUUGCGUCGAGUAUCAGGUGACUGUACAUUUCGAGCUUCAGCAUUUAAGGCAGCGCUCAGACUCCGGCGAAGUUCCGCGAGUCGCCGCGCGUCGGUCGCUGAACGCGACCUGUAGCUGCGCUGUCCACGCGCUUACAAUGCUACGACACCAGUGCAGUCUCUCCUACCCUUUUAUAUCUAACGGUUUUUUGGACUGUUUUCCAUCCUGCUCCAUCUUGAGCUUCUCUUUUUGA